AUGACUGCCUCCAAGAAGGUCUAUGACGUGGUCGUCGUCGGGGCUGGCCUAAGUGGCCUGCAAGCAGCCGUUGUAAUUCGAGCUGCGGGGUUCACCGUCUGUGUUUUAGAAGCCACUAAUCGUGUCGGUGGGAAGACACUCACUGUCCAAUCCACUGAGAAGGGAUACAAUGACCUGGGUGCAGCAUGGAUCAAUGACACGAAUCAAAGCGAGAUGUUCAAGCUCUUCCAAAAGUACGGCUUUGAUACCGAGGUUCAACGUGCAUGCGGGGAUACGAUUAUUCACCUCGCUGAUGGUUCUUUGGAGAAAGUACCAUACGGUCAACUCUCGGGAGACCCGGAAUUUCUCUUGGAGCUCGUGGGAAUUCUAAGGGACGAAUCCUCGGGUGUAGAUCUCAAUGAUCCCCUCAAAUCACACAAUGCCGCUGAGAUCGACCAAUUGACUCUCAAGGAGUUUUGUGUCCAAAGAACGAAGAAUGAACAGGCAAUUAGAAUUGCUGAUCUCAUUUCAACUGCGCUACUUGGGGUAGAAAGUGAUGAAGUUAGCGCUCUGUACAUGCUGCAUUAUUUCAAGAGUGGCUUUGGCAUUGAUAAUCUCUUGUCGGAUGGAAAAGAUGGAGGUCAAUAUCUGCGGAAUCGACAAGGAAACCAAACCAUCUCGAAGAAACUGGCAGAGGAGCUUGGUUGGAAGUCUGUCUUUUUAUCAAAGCCGGUUGCCUCAGUGAGCCAAUAUGAAGGUGGCCACGGCGUUGUCGUCGUCACCCAGUCCGAGGAAUCCUUCUACGGUCGAAAGGCAAUCAUUUCUGUCCCUACAACACUAUACCCGACUAUCACUUUCAACCCUCCAUUGCCACCGAAGAAGACAGCACUAAGUGAUAACACCGUCAUGGGUUACUAUAGCAAGACUGUAUUCGUCUUCAAAGAGCCUUGGUGGCAAACGGCCGGCCUAUCAGGAAUCAUUGACUCGGAGGUCGGACCGAUCAGUUUCACAAGAGAUACCAGUAUACCAGCAGAUGACCAGUGGUCUAUCACCUGCUUUAUUGUCGGCGAAAGGGGUCGGCAAUGGUCAAAAUUGUCUAGGGCGGCUCGUCACAAACAAGCCUGGGACCAAUUCAGCCAGACGUUUGGCAAGUAUGUGAAUAACAUCCCUGUGCCGACAAAUUCGCUCGAAAUGGAGUGGACCAAACAAGGGUUCUUCCUGGGAGCUCCUUGCCCAGUCAUGACGCCGGGUAUAUUGACCACGGUGGGCACCGAGCUUGCGACGCCCUUCGGAGAUGUCCAUUUUGUGGGUACUGAGACGUCGACUGUAUGGCGAGGAUAUAUGGAAGGUGCUGUGCGAUCGGGUCAAAGAGGAGGCACUGAAGUUGUGAAGGAGCUGGUGGAUGAGCUUUCGGCCAGUUAA